GUCGUGACAUUUCUUCCCUCAUUUCGUAAUCAGCACACCAGAUGACACAGUAUCCACGGCAAUUGCGAAAUUCAGACGACAGUUGUAACUAUAAAUUGCGUGUUAUUCUUAAACUUUUUGAAACAGCGUCAACACAAGAAUGAAUAUCUGUCUUUUGACUAUUGUGGGAAUACUGUGUGCAAUAGGAGUAUCAGAAUGCAUUGAAUGCUUCAAUUGUCUGAAUGUCACUGAACCACGGACGUGUCCAAACACGACUCAAUGUUCAAAUAGUGAGUCCUGCUAUUUGCAAACGCUCCAUUCCGGCACUGAAGUCCGUUACGACAUGGGCUGUCAGAACAAUCAGUUUUGCAGCUCAAAGGCCGUUAGCCCCAACGGUAUCAUUGGUCGCUCUACCCAGACCAGACAGCAGUACUCUUGUCAUGAAUGUUGCAGCAGUAGUAACCGUUGCAAUGAGCAUCUAUGUGCGCAAAGAAAACCCUCAUCUUGCAUCGACGACGAAACACUUGACUGUGCCCAUCUGAACUCUAUUUACCCAAUUUGUGCUGAUGUUCAACACGCAAAAACUACUUGUCCAAAGUUUUGCGAUCUCUGUAACCUCGUGGAUGGAAACUGGGGAAAUUGGGGAGAGUGGGCUACAUGCUCCUUAUCGUGUAGUAACGGAACGAAAACCCGCACACGGACCUGUUCAAACCCGUCCCCUUCCAACAAUGGACUUAACUGCACCGGGCCAAGUGUUGAGUCAAAACUGUGUUCUAUCCAGCUUUGUCCGGUACACGGCAACUGGUCAGAUUGGUCCCUCUGGUCAAAUUGCUCAGUUGCUUGCAACGUAGGGGUGAGAAAGAAGACAAGAACCUGCACGAAUCCUAAACCAGAUCGGUCAGGGAAUGAAUGCGUCGGUGAAUCUAUCGAAUAUACAGUAUGCCUUAAUGAACCCUGCAGCGUCAUUGAUGGUGGGUGGUCUACGUGGGGUGCGUGGCAGAGCUGCUCAGUUUCAUGUGGAGUAGGUCGCAAGCUAAUGAGCAGGACCUGUACUAGCCCGAGUCCAACUCUAUAUGGAAAAGCUUGUGAAGGCAACUCCGACGCAUUUGACGUUUGUGUCAACACACCAUGUCAUGCAGUAGCCUUCAACGCCUACGGAGUCAACAUUUUGUCAAAUAACGUCAAUGCGUUUUCAACUGUGAUCUUCAACGAAGGGAAUGCGUAUAACCCCAGCACUGGACACUUCACAGCUCCCGUGGGCGGGAUAUACCACUUUUCUGCCCAAAUGUGCGUUAGCGCCAACACUGGCAUUGUUUUUUACGUGCAAAAAGGCAGUGCGACCAUGAGCGGAGCGGUAUAUCUGACAUCAACACUGAAUGACAAUUAUAACGUCCCUACCUGUACUUCUGCAUCCUGCUCUGUGAAGCUGACCAUGAAUGAACACGUGUGGAUCAUGAUGGAGGCUCAAUACACAUCACAUAUGUACACAAGUUAUUGGAAUUCAUUUACUGGAAUGUUGGUCCAAGAGCUUUAACAAAAACGUGAACUCUUUGUUCCAGUACGUGAUUAGUAGUUUCAGUUAAUCUAUAUCACAUCGUUCACAAAACAUUGAACACAGUAUAGGCCUUAUUUAUUCUUUUUAGACAUUUAAAUGUUGCUUCAACCUGAUGGAUACGUUAUGCGUUCAUCCUUUUGAAAAUGCUGGUUUGCAAAAGAUAUUUAAAGCUAGUAAUCUUCUGUUAUUAUGAAUAGUUUGGUAUUAAAUUAUUAGUACUAUUCUACAAUUAAUUAAUACGAACUCCCGGUAAAGUUGCGUAUACUAUUUCAUUUUAAUAAUGAAUUUAAAACAUUGCUUAUUUGCGAUUAUGAAUGCAUUCCCCAGAACGUAUUUAGGGCAUAUUAUGUUUGCAAAACUAAAUACACCAACACAUGUCAGAAGCGAUAGUCAAGUGAAUAAGUUGUCACCGUCUACAAUGAUAAAUGCCAUUAUAUUACAGAAAUAAACAAAAGUAAAAGGA